AGGGUGCAAAGAAAAGGUUAAGACAGAAAGAAAUCACUCUGAAGAAGAAACUGUGCCUUUUAUGAUAAAAAUUCAAGAACCCCAUUUCAUUUAAGGGUCAAAGGUUAUGAUCUUUGGCUAUUUAUUGUAAUUUUAUUAGAAAAAAUUCAAGAAAAAUAUCAUCUUUUUACAGUUUUUGGAAGUUUUUUGCUGCUUAAGAAGAAGAAGAAGAAAAGCUUAUCUCUUUAGUUUUUUGACAUAAGCUGGUGGAGUAUUUAAGCAUAGAUCUUGAGUGUUUUUUUUGACAUAAUCUGGUGGAGUAUCUAAGCAUAGAUCUUGAGAGUCUUUUGACAUAAUCUGGUGGAGGAUCUAAGCAUAGAUCUGAGAUAUAGAAAGAUAUGGAUAAGUUACAGUGGGGAAACAGAAAAAGACUAAGGUGUUUCAAGGUUAAAGAUUCGAGUUCAAAUGGGAAAUCUGAUGGAGUUGUGAAGAAGAAAAUAACAUCUAGAGUUGUUGAUAAUAACAAGGAAUCUAGUCUUCUUCCUCCUAUGUCUUCUCCUCAUCGUCUUAACAGGGAUUUGGGUGUGAAUAGAUCUAACACAAACGAGCAUCGUAAGACAUCAGCUUCGUCCCCCGAAAAGGAGGACAGAUAUUAUACGACAAGAGGGUCGGUAGGCGUUGACGAUAGUAGCAAGUUAUUCAUUGAUUCAAGGGAGGAAAAGAAAAAGAUGGUUUGGCCAAAAUUGCUUGUUACAUUGUCCAGUAAAGAGAAAGAAGAAGAUUUUAUGGCCAUGAAAGGUUGCAAGCUUCCUCAAAGGCCCAAGAAAAGGGCUAAGUUGAUACAAAGAACCAUACUUUUGGUGCAACCAGGUACAUGGUUGCAAGAUUUGUGCCAAGAAAGGUAUGAAGUGAGAGAGAAGAAGACCUCUAAGAAGAAACCAAGAGGAUUGAAAGCUAUGGGAAGCAUGGAAAGUGAUUCAGAAUGAAAUCUGUUGAAGAUAAGAGUGAGAGACUAAACAAGGACAGAUAGCCAAGAUAGAUUUUUGGGACUUUUUCUGGGAUAGUUGCAUUUCAAGAUGAUGGGCAAAAGAUAGAAAGAUUUGUAUUUUCAUUUUUUGGGGGCAAGGAGAGAGAAGAGGAGGAAAGAAAAUGGUGUAUUUUGGCAUCUUAUUAUUAUUAUUAUAUUCUUAAUUUUAGCUCAUCUUGGAAAAAUGAAUGCUUCUUUUCUUUUUUUUUUUGGACUUAUUAUGAUGCAUGCACUUGUAUGGGUUCUGUUCAAUGAUGCUUUCCUUCUUUUGA